AGUAUGAAAAGCCUCUCUUGCUCUAGUUUAAGGAAAUGCUCUCCUUUUUCCUAAUAAAGCUUCCCACAGAAGACAAACUCUGUGUACAAUCAACAAGGCAAAAAAAUGAGGAAGAUUCAUAAGGAAGUUAACAGAGAAUUACCAAAAACUUCAUGAGAAAGAAAUUAAGGGAAGUUUCAGAGUAGUUUUUCAAGUCUCAGUGAUCAUUGAAUUGGCCCCUCUGUUUCUGACUGUGAAAAAGGAUUGUGAAAGAAGGGGUGUCAGUUCAAGAAGAAGUCUCUGAGGUUCAGCCUUUGGCUGCUUAGAGAGAAAUCAGAUAAAAAACUACUUGGUGAAAUGACUUCUUGUCAUAUUGCUGAAGAACCUAUUAAAAAGGUUGCUAUCUUUGGAGGAACCCAUGGAAAUGAGCUAACUGGAGUAUUUCUGGUUAAGCAUUGGCUAAAGAAUGGCGCUGAAAUUCAGAGAACAGGGCUGGAGGUAAAACCAUUUAUUACUAACCCAAGAGCAGUGAAGAAGUGUACCAGAUAUAUUGACUGUGACUUGAAUCGCAUUUUUGACCUUGAAAAUCUUGGCAAAAAAAUGUCAGAAGAUUUGCCAUAUGAAGUGAGAAGAGCUCAAGAAAUAAAUCAUUUAUUUGGUCCAAAAAAUAGUGAAGAUUCUUAUGACAUUAUUUUUGACCUUCACAAUACUACCUCUAACAUGGGGUGCACUCUUAUUCUUGAGGAUUCCAGGAAUAACUUUUUAAUUCAGAUGUUUCAUUAUAUUAAGACUUCCUUGGCUCCACUACCCUGCUAUGUGUACCUUAUUGAGCAUCCUUCCCUCAAAUAUGCAACCACUCGUUCUAUAGCCAAGUAUCCUGUGGGUAUAGAAGUUGGUCCUCAGCCUCAAGGGGUUCUGAGAGCUGAUAUCUUGGAUCAAAUGAGAAAAAUGAUUAAACAUGCUCUUGAUUUUAUACAUCAUUUCAAUGAAGGAAAAGAAUUUCCUUCCUGUACCAUUGAGGUCUAUAAAAUUAUGGAGAAAGUGGAUUACCCCAGGAAUGAAAACGGAGAAAUUGCUGCUAUCAUCCAUCCUAAUCUGCAGGAUCAAGACUGGAAACCACUGCACCCUGGGGAUCCCGUGUUCUUAACUCUUGAUGGGAAGACGAUCCCACUGGGCGGAGACUGUACCGUGCACCCCGUGUUUGUGAAUGAGGCCGCAUAUUACGAAAAGAAAGAAGCCUUUGCAAAGACAACUAAACUCACGCUCCAAGCAGAAAGCAUUCGCUGCUCUUUACAUUAGAAAUGACUUCUAGCUCUCGUCGUGUACACGUGUCUUACACAUUCUGCUAGUUUGUAAGCUCCUCAAGAGCAGGGCUGUGCCUUACUCAACUGCACACCUAGCUCCUAGCACAGUGCCUUAGCCGGUAGGCAUCCAAGCAAAUGUAUUAAAUUAAUUAAUAUAUCUUAAACAUACCAUAUUUUAAGUAUGUAGCUUAUUCAAAGAAGUGUUUCCUAUUUCUGUAUAGUUGAUUAUACAUACCACUUUGGUAGUUCAACAUUCUCAAUAAACAGCCUUGUAUUCAGAAUAUAACAUGGAAAUAGAGGUGUAUGUAUAAAGUUA